AUGCCCAACUGGGCACCAGUCCAGAAAAUUCUCAGGCACAUCCACCAUGAAAAGUCCAUCCCCGUGAUCGCUGUUCAGAAACUGAGAGAACAUUCAACAUACAAUGUUCAUAAGCGCUCAGACAAUCAUGAAAAGAGCAGGUUGGUGGUAUUCGUGGGUCUGGUUUUAAACAUCUUGGUGGGGAACAGUUACCAAGGAUCUCUGACCAGCGUCCUCACCACACCCCACUACUACCCCGACAUGAACACCAUAGAUGAGCUCAUGCAGUCAGAGCUGGGCAUUACAGCAAUGGCCACGUUCAACGGCAUGGACCUCGACUUGUCCGACACCGACGACGAGUACAUGUUUGAACUAUUGAGAAGAGUAGUGUUUGUUCGGGAUCUGCAGGAGGCCAUGCGCAUGGUCGCCGUGCACAGGAACGCCUGCAGAUUCACCGAGAGCAACGUGGCCAUCCUCGAGGCGAGGCAGCCGGAGUGGAUCAGCGACGGCCAACCUCUGACACACAUCAUCAAAGAUUGUGCAUUCCGUUUACCUGUUAGCUACUUUGCUUCAUCUGCUUCAUCACCUUUUCUUGCUAGGUUCAGCACGCUUGUCCAGAGACUUGUUUCUGGAGGGUUAUACAUUAAGUGGUUUGAUGACUUCACACAGGAAUCACAGAAGGCAUUUUUGAGGGAACUGUCGAAAGCGAAACAAAGAUAA